UCGGCUUUGCUAGCUUGGCUGGCUUGGCGACUGCUUCAACAUGGCGCACAUUGAUUUCAGCUGCUGCUCAUCGCCUGCGGCAGAUGUAAUUGCUCAUGCGCUGGCCAAUCAAGUUAAUCACAAAGAUAUCCAGUCUAUAAUACAGUGCCAGAAGCAAGUGCUAGGGAGACUUGAGAAGACAAAUGAGAUGUUGAUCAACUGCAACGCACUCUCGGCAACCCGCUUCGCCGUCGCUAGCCAAGACUUGAAAAAGCACACGCAGCUCCUGUUUGAUCUCAAGAAAGACUUGGAUUCUGUCUUCAAGCGAAUUAGGUUCUUGAAGAUGAAACUAUCACAGCAGUACACAGCAGCAUUCACAGCGUGCAACACUGUGUUCUAUGCUGUCGAUGAAGAAGAUGAGCCUGAAGAGAGGCAUCCGCCCAGCAGAGGCCAGCCAGAGAAACCAGCAGACACCACAGGGAAACAGAAGCAUGUCUGUGCUCAACUGGAGGACACUCAGAGUGGUUCUUCACCACAAAGCUCAGCCACUUCGUACAACAGUGAAAACUCUUAGGCACAGAGUGGCAGUGAUCUUGCACUUCCUACACUGUUUCUUGUGUAAGUGCUGAAGUGUGUGAUAAAUCCAAGGGCAGCCCCUCCACUAGCCAAAGCAAGAAGACAAGAAGUUUAUAGAGAAUCCAGGUUUCUACAGGUGUGUAUGUGCGUGCGUAUGAUGUGAGUUGUUGCUUUGUGAAUAGUGUAAAUACAUGUGUUGUACUAAUACAAAUGGAAAAACUUAUCCUACCACUGGCCAGAGGACUUGUGUGGUUUAUGCGUUCAGUUGUGAGGCAGCCUGUCUGCCGAAACAUGAUGAGGCUGAUUGAGUGGCAUGUUGUGUCAGUCUGAAAUGCAAAAGGAACAACAUAAGUGUCCUCACUGUCUAGUGACUAGCAAUUUAGUGCCAUAGUAUAUGUCAGGACAACCCAGAAGCAAUGUGAUGGGGCCUGUAGGACAAUAGUAUCAAUUUUAUUAUGAAAACUUGACAUUGAAAGGAUGUUCAAGGGAAAUAUCAAGUUAGGCUGGAUUAAUGGCUGACAUGUCUAGAAUGUCCAGUUGGUCAGAUUCAGUGUGGGUGGUGGAUUGCCAAGCCAGAAAAGAGAUGGAAGCAAGAAAAGUGGUCGCAGUGUCACAUUAAUAUUUGCACACCAGGUCUCCAUGGCAAUAUUGGGGUGUGCUAGUUUCUAUUUAGAGCUAAUUAAUUGUUGAGUAUAAAUUAUUACAUAGCAUUCAAACGUGCACAAUGGCUAAGCCUUAGAGCUUUAUGGAGCUUCUGGGAACAUUUGCUGUAUACAAGAGGAGCCAACUACAUAAAAACACUUCUUUAUUACAUUGUAAUUAAGAUACUGCCUACCAAGUGAUAAAGAUUUUGUCUUGUUGCUUUAACUCUAUUACUUUCUUUUAGAUAUUCAGCUCCCCGCAAGUUUCUUAAAGAGUGUUCAUGUUAAUGUUUGCAGUUAAUUUCAGUUUCAUACAGUAAUGCUUCUGCCAGAUAAUUAGCUUUGAUUCUUGUAGAAGGCAGUUGGCAAUAAAAUUAUAUUGUGUGACUAAAGCACAAAACAUGUGUGAGUACAGCAGAACCAAAGCAAAAUAUUGUUACAUGUAUAAAACUAUUUACACAGUGUAUAUACAAGGUGUAUAUAGACAGCAGCCGAGGAUCCCGAGAGGCUGUUGCCACUUCGUCGUCUUCACCAUCGACGACCUUGUUCUCUUUUGCCGCUGUAACACGACCCCCGACAGAAAAAGCACCGUCCCGGUACUUCAGACGGAGCCGUCGGUGAGGGCAUAGUAAGGCUUAAGCCGAGAGACAUGUACGACAUCAGGUGAUGUGGAACCGGGUGGCAUGACGGAGGUCUCGGGGAUUAUCUUGCAAGUGACAUUGGUCACUUGACAUAGAACACGGUAAGGGCCUUUGUAGCGCGGAAGGAGUUCCUGAAGACCAGAAGGUUGAAUGCGUCAUCUGCAAUGCCUUUGAUAAUGUGUCCAACCUUGUCCGCCUCUGGCAUGGACGUGUCGAUUUUAUGACAGGGCUAGGACGUCCUGAAUGUAGGAGACAUACGACUCGGUAGCAGUUUGGGCAAGCACGGUGAAUUGUUGCUUGGCAGCUAGUUGUCGAUCAGUCGGAUUACCAAAAACGUCAGACAGCUUUUCCUUGAACAAGUUCAAAGAAAGCUCUUCCUCGUGUGUGUAUAACCACAUUUGCGGUGUUCCGUCGAGGUAGAACACGACAUUGGCCAGCAUUAUGGUCGGAUUCCACCUGCUCACCUUGUUGACGUGCUCAUACAUCUUCAACCAUUCUUUCAUGUCAACACCAUCGAGGCCAGUGAACUUGCCGGGCUCUUGCGGCUGAGGUAGAGCAGUGUACUGGGUAUGUGUAGUUAGGAUUGCUCCCGCAGAUGCGGUGCCUUCCACUGGAAGCAUGGUCGCAGGCUGGGUGCGACGUCUGCUGCGGAGCUCUGUGGCGAAGACGCGUACCCUGCACGUCUACCAAAAUCUCACAUGUAUAAAACUAUUUACACGGUGUACUUACAAGGUGUAUAUAGACAGCAGCCAAGGAUCCCAAGAGGCUGUUGCCACUUCGUCGUCUUCACCGUCGACGACCUUGUUCUCUUUUGCCACUGUAACAAUAUGCUUGAAAACGACAUAUAGGUCUCAAUUUCAGUUGACUCAAGUACACUCAAAGAUGUCCGUGUGGCAGUGGUAUAACAUGAGUACAUUUAAAGCUUCAAGGUCACACUGUUUAAUUUAGUGAUACAGUAGGCAGCUUGACCAUUUUGAACAUCUCAACACAUAACUAGCACAAGCUGGAUUCUCUUAGAAGCUUUAAUUUCUGUUGCUUACAGUCCUUUUGUCGAUGAAGAAUGGCUAUUGACUAUUUCUGCAUUAAUUACUUGCAUUUGUUGGCAUUGAGAAAAAUCCAAAAUAUUUCAUCAUCAUCAUCAUCAGCCUGGCUACGCUUACUGCAGGGCAAAGGCCUCUCCCAUACUUCUUCAACUACCCCGGUCAUGUGCUAAUUGUGGGCAUGUUGCCCCUGCAAACUUCUUUAUCUCAUCUGCCCACCUAACUUUCUGCCGUCCCCUGCUACGCUUCCCUUCUCUUGGAAUCCAGUCCGUGACCCUUAAUGACCAUCGGUUAACUUCCCUCCUCAUUACAUGUCCUGCCCAUGCCCAUAUCUUUUUCGUGAUUUCAACUAAGAUGUCAUUAAUUCGCGUUUGUUCCCUUACCCAAUCUGCUCUUUUCUUAUCCCUUAACAUUACACCCAUCAUUCUUCUUUCCAUAGCUUGUUGUGUCGUCCUCAAUUUAAGUAGAACCCUUUUCGUAAGCAUCCAGGUUUCUGCCCCGUAGGCGAGUACUGGUAAGACACCGCUGUCAUACACUUUUCUCUUGAGGGUUAAUGGCAACCUGCUGUUCAUAAUCUGAGAAUGCCUGCCAAACGCACCCCUGCCCAUUCUUAUUCUUCUGAUUAUUUCAGUCUCAUGAUCCGGAUCCACAGUCACUACCUGCCCUACGUAGAUCUAUUUCCCCACCACUUCCAGUGCCUCGCUACCUAUCGUAAACUGCUGUUCUCUUCCGAGACUUAAACAUUACUUUAGUUUUCUGCAGAUUAAUUUUUAGACCCACCCUUCUGCUUUGCCUCUCCAGGUCAGUGAGCAUGCAUUGCAAUUGGUCCACUGAGUUACUAAGCAAGGCAAUAUCAUCAGCGAAUCGCAAGUUACUAAGGUAUUCUCCAUUAACUCUUAUCCCCAAUUAUUCCCAAUCCAAGUCUCUGAAUACCUCCUGUAAACACGCUGUAAAUAGCAUUGGAGAGAUUGUAUCUUCCUGCCUGACGCCUUUCUUUAUUGGGAUUUUGUUGCUUUCUUUAUGGAGGACUACGGUGGCUGUGGAGCCGCUAUAGAUAUCAUUCAGUAUUUUUACAUAUGACUUGUCUACACCCUGAUUCCGUAAUGCCUGCAUGACUGCUGAGGUUUCGACUGAAUCAAACGCUUUCUCGUAAUCAAUGAAAGCUAUAUAUAAGUGUUGGUUAUAUUCCGCACAUUUCUCUAUCACCUGAUUGAUAGUGUAAAUAUGGUCUAUUGUUGAGUAGUCUUUACGUAAUCCUGCCUGGUCCUUUGGUUCUGCCUGGUUUUGGAGUCCCAAAAUAUUUCACAGCCCUAAAAUCCUUUUCUUGAAGUGAAGCAAGCCGCAUUAAGCAUAUUUUUGAUGAUGGAAUGUGUGUAGGAAGUUGUUUUAGAUCUGUCCAAUGAUGUUGGCAUAUUGUCUGUAGAUAUGCCCUGUGGCUGCACUUGGUAAAGUGCAUAUAAGCUUCAAUUUUUUUUUCUGUGUACAAUGUAUGUGUUAGUACAGUUCUCGGUGAUUGAAAUGCGAUACUCAGACCUCAUGACAACUGGAACUUUUUGCGCCACCAGUGAAAGCUGGGUUAUUGCCAGGAACCAAAUUCAAUCCCAAUGCUUCAAAACAUCUCUUUAUUUUCAUCAUAUACCACAAUACAUCAGCUCGGUGUGCCCAGCGGCCACCCAAUGGCGCAAAAAGUGCCAACAGCCAUGCGGUCUGAGUAUCGUGUUUCAAUCGCUCGGCACUGUACAUUGCAGUGCCACAGUGUGUAUUUGUGCUUAGCUGAUGCAAGAGCAAAUGAACGAAGGGGCUUUACAUGCAUCCCCACAUGAUAUCAUUAAUAUGUUCAUUCAUAAGCACAUUGUGUGCUGCGCAUUUUUUACUAGGGCAGUAGUAGUUAGGACGGCAAGGUGUAUUCUAUUUAAGUUCAGUGACAUAUGACCAUUGUAGGAAGGGAGGAAUAGGGGCUUCACCGUGAGUGGCCACAAUGGACUCUUGCCCUUGCUGUGGGGUCUCUGUUCCACCUGAGUGCUUCAAUUCUUUGAGAGGAGAGCGCACUUGCACCCCUGAGACCUUCGAAUCAUAAGCAGUGCUGCCAGAGCUUGACUUUUUGGCAUACACUCUCUUUUUUUAAAAACAGUUUACGCACUAUAGAACAUUGUCCCACAACUGUAAUCGGCAUCUCUCUUUCUUUUGCUUCCUUUUGUGAAAACUCUGCCCUCUCUACUUUCCUGCCAAGAAUGCAAAUUAUGCUGAUAACAGCCCUAAGAAUUUCUGGAAAACCCUCUUCUCUUCAGAUUGCACUGAUAUUCCCUCACCGGUCCAUAAUUUCGGUAUGCCUGUAGCACGGGAGCAUUGCACCCUGGUUUUUAACAACUCCUUUACAGCCACAUUCACAAAUGAAAACCAUGCCAAUAUGCUGUUACUGGCAGAAUUAGAUUAUCAGUAAAUGGCUCUUAUUACUAUAACAACCUCUGGCAUCGCUUCAUUAAUUAGUAGCCUCAAGAUAUCGACUAGCUGUGGCUUUGAUGGUAUUAACCCUAAAAUCUUAAAACAUUCAGUCCUCCCUUUCAGUUUUAUCCUUAGCCAUAGAUUUCAGCAGUCACUCUCCACAGGGGAGCUUCCACAUGGCUGGAAAGUUAACAAAAUCAUACCCAUCUUCAAGUGUGGUGACGAGCACUGUAACUACCACCAGUAUCACUAACAAGUGUUCCCUGUAAAUUGCUUGAACAUAUUUUCUAAUGCCGUUCACCGCUUAGAAAGUAAUAACUUCUUUUAAAAAUUUCAGCAUGGCUUUAGGAAAUGACUCAAAGCAUGGGCACAAACACACAUUGAGACAGAUUUCCUAUAUACAAAUUUUGCUAAAGCGUUUGACUGCAUUGCUCACUGUUACCUUAUAGCUAAACUCUCAUGCUUAAAUCAAUUCAUUAACAAUAUCUUGGAUAAGGAAUCUUUUGUCACUUAAGAAGCUGAUCACUGUCAUUCAUAACCACUACUCCCUUCUCAGUAGCAUAACAUCUGGUGUACCACAGGGAAAUGUCCUUGGACCCUUACUCUUUUUAAUAUUCAGUCAUGACAUAUUUGAAAUUGCAUCAACCGUUUGACUAUUCUCUGACGAUUGCAUUAUUUGUGAUCAAAUCCACUCACCUGCUGAUCACAUAUCCCUUCAAAAAGAUCUUGAUCGUGUAACUAAUGAGUGCUUAGCUGUGCAUAUGACCCUGAAUACUGAUAAAUGUAAACUAAUGACAUUUACUGGUAAACAUUCGUAUUCCACCUUCAGCUAGGCACUUGACAGCAGCCUCGUUGCCUGCACAUCUUUAUAUAAAUACCUUGGCAUUCUAACACCAAGCUUAUCAUGGUCUGCCCACAAUGAAAAAAUAACAGGUAACUCUUUGUGCACCUUGGUUAAUUAAAACGCAACCUUCGUGAUGCUCCUUCCUUCAUGAGAAAGCUUGCGUAUCAGACAUUUGUCUAACCCCUGCUAGAAUUCUUGGCAAUAAUUUGCUCACCUCACCAGGCAUACUAAUCCACAUUCUCAACUCCAUCCAAAACCAUGCUGCACACUUUAUUGCCAGAGAUUACAAGCCAAAUUCGAGCGUAACUAGCAUUCAGUUGUCAUUGUCACUACCCUCUUUUGAAUCAUGCCAGAAUGUAGCUUUGCUUUGUCUGCCACAUAAAAUAACUCAAAACAGUGGAUGGGUGCUUACGCACCCAUCCACCGUGCCACACAUUCAUCCAUCCCUUACAUCUUCGGUCUGAUUAAUCCAUUUAACGUGUCUCCUUGCCACAUGCCGUUAAACAUUGGAAUGGUCUGCCUGAUAACAAUGCUGACGUUAACAAUCCUGUAACCUUCAGAGCAAAAAUCAUUGCAAUAUUUGGCUAGUGUUCAAUUCUUUCUUAUUUCUUGUGUACAUAACUCGUUAAUUUAUGUAAUUAUCAAAGAGUGGUAUUAACUGUAUAAACUUGCAUUCUAAUAAAGGUUUUUACCUUACAAGGAUUA